UUUCUGCAAGGUUGCUGACUGAUAGACUAGAAAGUCAGGGGGGGUUUGAGCGGGCUUGGUCUUUAUAAUAACUUCCUAGGCUAACACUUCAUUUUUUCCGGAAUAACCAGGAAGAGUACUUCAUGGAGGAGAAACUGUUUGUUGGGGGUGUCUCAAGCGACGAUAUCCCUCCUUCUAAACUGGGAACUAAGGAGUACUGGAAUGAUACCUAUGCAAGAGAACUACAGAGUUUCAAAGACAUUGGAGAUGUUGGGGAGAUAUGGUUUGGUGUACAAAGUAUGACGCGAAUUGUACAGUGGAUGAAAAGACAGAAUAUUGGGGAAGAUUCUGCCGUGCUGGAUAUUGGAACAGGAAAUGGUAUUUUACUUGUUGAUUUAGCUAAGGCUGGAUUUAGCAACCUUACUGGAAUUGAUUAUUCUCCCGCUGCAGUUGAACUGGCUAAAUGUAUAUUAGAAGAGGAGCUGUUACAGAACGUAAGAAUUCAGGUGGAAGACUUUCUAAACCCAUCCAUGUGUCUGUCUGGGUUUGAUGUUUGCAUCGAUAAAGGAACGUUUGACGCUAUUAGUCUGUGCCCUGAGAAUUCAGCUGGGAAAAUGAGUCGCUAUGUAGAAACUUUGCACAAAGUUCUAAAACAAAAAGGAAUUUUCAUCAUAACUUCCUGUAACUGGACCAAAAAUGAGCUUGUAAAUCAAUUUCAUGAAGGAUUUGAACUUCAGGAAGAGCUGCCAACUUCAAAGUUUCAGUUUGGAGGAAAAAUGGGAAACAGUGUGACAGCCCUGGUCUUUGUGAAGAAGACAUAGUUGUCUUGCAGCUUUUCCAGAAAUAACUUUCAUACUCAGUGGAUCACAUGUUGCUUUGGUGGAUUUGACUACUCAUGGUGGUGUUUAUGUGGUGACUUUCUGGAAAGUGGCAUUCAUCUGUUAAGAACCCAGACCACAUGCCAAAGAAAACCAACAUGUUCUAUGUUUAUAUAGCGGUAUUUAACAUACAUGAUUAAAUUAACAGGUAUUAGUUCGACUGAAUUGAGAGAGGGUGGGGAUGUCAGUUUUAUAAGCUGAUCUCCACAUAGAAUAGGAGUACAACUAAUAAUUUAGGAACUCUUGUUUAGUUGAAUGCUUAUAAGGUUCCACUGUAUUUUUCAGUUAGUAUGUACUUUUUCUCUGUUAUGUUAAAGUGUAAUAAAUGUUUGCUCUUAAAGUUAUUUCAGAAGCAGUAUAAUUCUCUUCAGAAAUAACAAUAUGUUGUGUGUUUCAUGAAUUUAGCAUUUCAGCCAUUACUUGAUAAUCUUUACAAAGCAGCACUACUCACAUUUAGAGUAGGGAGUGGUUUGGACCCAACACUAUUUUGCCAGAUUUAGUAAAAGAAGAGUCUGGUUAAACAUAAACGUACAACUUGUUCCUCCUGUCUUUCUUCCUGUACCUUUGCCAUUUCCAUGUUAACCAUUUUGAUUUUACCAUUUGAAGUUGUGUGUUCUGUAACCGGUAAGAUUUAGGGUAUUGUUUACUGCCAUAUACCUUACUUUCUGGAAUCUCAGGACCUUCCCUCCUUCAAGUUUCUUAAGUUAACAGAGGUAAAGUAACCUCUGGGGAAUACUAAUUUCCUUUUUGAUAAUAUUGCCCUGUUUACAUUAGGAUGUAAGAGUGACAUAAACUAAGACCAUCUGUAAUAAAGUAUGUGUCUGAAACA